GGUACUAGCAGAAUCAGCAUCGCACCACCACCACCACCCAGGCGCACCAACCGAAGCAUGCCCGAUCGCAGACAUGACUUGCUCGGUGUCAGAUAGCGAGAAGAUCGUGAUCAACUGCGGCGGGAUCCGACACGAGACCUACCGGAGCACCCUGAAGACGCUGCCGGGCACGCGCUUGUCCUGGCUGACAGAGCCCGACGCCUACAGCAACUUCGACUACGACCCCAAGUCAGACGAGUUCUUCUUUGACCGCCACCCGGCCACUUUUGCCUUCAUCCUCAACUACUACCGCACCGGGAAACUUCACUGUCCUAACGAUGUCUGCGGGCCGCUCUUCGAGGAAGAACUCGCCUUCUGGGGAAUCGACGAGACAGACGUGGAGGCCUGCUGCUGGAUGAACUAUCGGCAGCACCGCGACGCUGAGGAAGCCCUGGACAGCUUCGAGACCCCCGAGCCCGACGCGCCCGAGGACGACCCGGCUCUCACCGGCGGAGCGGACGGUGACCUGAAGCGGCUGUGCGUGCAGGAGGACGGUCGCAGGGCGACGUGGUGGGAGGUGUGGCAGCCCAAGAUGUGGGCGCUGUUUGAGGACCCAUACUCAUCAAAAUACGCCCGGUAUGUGGCAUUUGGUUCACUCUUCUUCAUCCUCCUCUCCAUCUCUACGUUCUGCCUGGAGACCCACGAGGCCUUCUACACCAUAUACAACCUGACUGAGAACGUCACUGGUAGCAAUGUGACACACGAGGAGAUAGUGUUUGAAGUGGUCACAGAUGGAUGGCUGACAUAUGUUGAGGGUGUCUGCGUCAUUUGGUUCACAAUUGAGGUGCUGCUGCGCGUUAUCUUCUGCCCUGACAAAACAGAGUUCUUCCGCAGCACCCUGAACAUCAUAGACUUUGUGGCCAUUGUGCCCUUUUAUCUGGAGGUGGCGCUUAGUGGCCUUUCCUCCAAAACAGCCAAAGAUGUGCUCAGCUUCCUGCGUGUGGUGCGCUUUGUUCGAAUUCUUCGCAUAUUCAAGCUCACUCGCCACUUUGUCGGUUUGCGGGUCCUGGGCCAUACUCUGAGGGCAAGCACCAAUGAGUUCCUCCUGCUCAUCAUAUUCCUGGCACUCGGGGUCCUCAUCUUUGCAACUAUGAUUUACUACGCUGAACGUGUAGGUGCUGACCCGGAGGAUCCAACUGCUGGUCUCCACACAGACUUUAAGAACAUUCCCAUUGGGUUUUGGUGGGCAGUGGUGACCAUGACAACACUGGGCUAUGGAGAUAUGUAUCCGAAGACGUGGUCAGGAAUGUUGGUGGGCGCCCUCUGUGCCUUGGCUGGUGUGUUGACCAUCGCUAUGCCUGUUCCUGUCAUUGUCAACAACUUUGGUAUGUACUACUCCCUGGCCAUGGCUAAGCAAAAGCUCCCCAAGAAGAGGAACAAGCAUAUACCCCGACCCCCACAGCCAGGCAGUCCCAACUACUGUAAACCAGACGCUCUCGCCAUGGCAACCGCCUCGCCGCACAGGCUAAUGGGCAAUGUUCUGGGGCCUGGCAUGGUGGGAUCUGGCAGCAUGAUGGGUGCUGGAGAUUGUCCACUUGCACAGGAGGAGAUCAUUGAAAUCAACAGGGCAGACUCCAAGCAAAAGGGAGAUGCAGCAGCUAAUGCAGCAGCGCUGGCUAAUGAAGACUGCCCCACCAUUGACCAGGUUUUGGGGGAUGACCGCAGCCCAGCCAUCAGGGGCCACGGUUCCACCACCAGCCGCGAACGCUACCCGCACGAUCGGGCCUGCUUCCUACUGAGUGCUGGGGAAUUCCAGCGUACAACAGAUGGCAACGUUCGAAAAGGGUGCAUCUCAUGUUAUGUAACCACAGGUUAUGAGAAAUCCCGCAGCCUAAAUAACAUUUCUGGGAUGUCGGGUGCCCCACUGCGCCUCACCCCUAUCACCAACUCCACCUUUGAGCCUUUCGAGUCACCUGGCCUUAGGCGAUGCCACUCCCCCAUCCCUUCCAUCUUGUAG